AUGGCAAUAGUUCGAUUAUUUUAUUCAGAUGCUGAGGGAAGGUUCUAGUCAAUGAAAUUAGGUGGAGCUCUUUGUAUUGUUGCAGAUAGGAAAAUGCACUCAAAAUACCUUCGCUUAUACGAUAUGAAUACUUGUGAUUUACUCUUUCAAACUGAGAUGUACUUAAAUUUCAAUCAAAAGUAUAAGGAAUUAAGUGACUAUUUUCAUUAUUUUCCUCUAGAAAAAGUAAACAUAGGGAUUUAGUUUGCAAACGUUCAUGAUGCCUCCGUUUUCAGAAACUUGAUAUUAUAGUAUUCAAUUAAAAGUGAGAAUGUAGCUGAUACAGUAAAAGAGUAGAAAAGCAAACUUGGAAAUUAAAACUACGAUAUUACUAGACCGCUCCUCUUUGAAAGGAAAGAGCAUGCAGGGUGGGAUCCUGUAACUUAGACAUUCAUUCUUAACGAGGUACCAAAAGAGAUAAAAAUUCUAUUGAAAAAGGCUGGAUUUAAGAAAAAAGACUUGAAGAAAAAAGAAACAGCCUUAGCGAUAUAUGAAGUGCUUUUAAGAGGAAUAGAAUUUGACAGUUCCAAAGGCUAGUUGAAAUCAGGAAGAACAAGUUCCAAUCUAAAUAACAAAGAUUUUUUAUCUAACAGGUUUUCCAAUGAAGACUCCAGAAUUUUAAUGAAUGAUAGGUCAAACUCUAUUAUGAACUUUGGGAUAACACAUCAUCUCUCAAGCUAAAACAAUAUACUUGGAGCAAGUGGACCAAUAGAUAUGUUAGAUCCGUACAAGAAAUAACAGGCAAUGCUAAUGAAUAAUUUGCCAAAUCAUGCAUUGAAUAAUAAUAGAUCAAGUCAUAACAUUAGAGAUAAAAGUUUGGGAUAGGCUUCUGAUCAGAAUGGCGGAUAAAAAGAAGAACAAAAGAUAAUGAGACCUCCUCCAAUCCCACCUCCUUUGAUGGGAAUGAUACCUCCCCCACCGAUGAAUAUGGCACCUCCAACUGGUUUUCUUGCUCCACCAUUGAAUUAAAAGAUCUAGCCACCUCCAUAGAUUUUAAAUACAAAUAGCAGCAGUAUAUAGCAAUAAAAUUAAGCCUUAUCUUUCAAUGAGCAGUUAGUCCUUCAAUCACAAAACUUAAAGAAAGUACAGGAAAAAGAAAUAAAUGCAAAAGUUAAAAAUAUGAGUGAAUCAUAACAAAUGAAUCUUACUUAAAAUUUUGCAGCUGUGCUAGAGAAAAGAAGAGAAAUGAUGAGAGCGUUGGGGAAUAAUAAAAACAAAGACUCAGAUGAGGAAUCUGAUGAUGAUGGAAAUGCCUCUGAAGAUUCUACUUGGUGA